GAAGGUGAUCAAAGCCCACAGUCUGGUCCUCACCCUGCAGAGCGACGUGUUUGAGGAGCUGUUGCUCAGCCGCAACAACAGCGCUCUGGUUUUGACGGAAACACCAGAGUGUGCUGCUGUCUUUGACAAGUUUGUCAGCUUCAGUUAGAGGUUGGCUCUUUUACAGCACGGAAACUGCACCUCCCAUGAGGCGUAGCACCUGACAGGAAAGACAUCAUCACGUCGCUGGAACCCUCAGCUGUCAGACUUUGGCCACCCCGGCGAAGGUUUUGUUAGCAAAUUAACUCGAACUGCUCGUCUUUAUUAAAAGUUUAAAGUUGUGCACGCUGUUACUAGUCGUUCUUUGAGCUGGUUAUUUGCCCAGCAGGCUUGCAAUAAGGCACAUUGCCUACUUUUUUGUUUUUUUUAUCGCCGCUAGAUCUUUGCACCCGCGAAGCAGCUUUCCUGAGCGGGUAUAAGAGUAGAUGCAGGGAGGGAGGGAGAAAAAAAGGCAAAAGUCUUUGUGCUUCCCUUCCCCCUCAUCAAAGCAAAGAAGAAAUGUCUUUAUCUAAAGCAGGUAGGAAGAAGAACCUGGGGCCAAAGCUGCCCAAAGAUGCGUUUUCACCUCUGCCACCACAGGCUGCAGCGCCCCCUCGAGACCUUGACUCUAAAGCUUGUGUUACGAUCGGAGAUCGGAACUUUGUGGUGGAAGCUGAUGACUUGGAGCAGAUUGAAGAGCUGGGGAGGGGCGCCUAUGGAGUGGUGGACAAGAUGAAACAUGUACCCAGUGGCGUGAUCAUGGCUGUCAAGAGGAUUCGUGCCACUGUUAAUACUCUAGAGCAGAAGAGGCUUCUGAUGGACCUGGACAUUUCCAUGAGAACAGUGGACUGCUUCUAUACUGUGACUUUCUACGGUGCCCUUUUUAGAGAGGGAGAUGUUUGGAUCUGCAUGGAACUGAUGGACACGUCUUUGGACAAGUUCUAUAAAAAGGUUAUUCAGAAAGGCCAAACAAUUCCUGAGGACAUCUUGGGCAAGAUCACAGUAGCAAUUGUCAAGGCAUUGGAGCAUCUGCACCAUAACCUCUCAGUGAUACACAGAGAUGUGAAGCCCUCCAAUGUCCUGAUCAAUGCUCAGGGCCAAGUGAAAAUGUGCGACUUUGGCAUCAGCGGCCACCUGGUGGAUUCUGUGGCCAAAACAAUGGACGCAGGCUGCAAGCCUUACAUGGCGCCUGAGAGGAUCAACCCUGACCUCAACCAGCAGGGCUACAGUGUCAAAUCAGACAUCUGGAGUCUUGGCAUCACUAUGAUCGAGCUGGCCAUUUUGAAAUUUCCCUAUGACUCGUGGGGAACCCCGUUCCAGCAGCUCAAGCAGGUGGUGGAUGAGCCGUCUCCACAGCUGCCUGCAGAUCGCUUCUCCCCUGAGUUUGUAGACUUCAUCUCACAGUGCUUAAGAAAGAAGCCAGAUGAAAGACCAGCCUACAAAGAAUUGUUGAAACACCCAUUUUUCACCCUCCAUGACUCAAAAGAGACAGAUGUGGCCAACUUCGUCAAGGUCAUCCUGGAUGAUUGAUGAGCUUAUCCCAGGCUCCACCUAGUCAGUGUGGGCGGGACCUGUCAUCAGAAGAACCAAUGGUCCCACUCCCUCUAUGUUUCUUUUUAAAUAAGCAGAAAAAAAACUCACUGGAAUGAUGGACUCGCAUUCAUCCACACGAUGGGAGAGUAACUCAAAGACUGACAGCAGCUCUGGACAAGGAGAUUGGUGGUAACGUGAAGUUUUACAGUCAGCUGGAAAGGUUCCAUUCACUCCUCUAAGCUUCCUGUGCGAGCAUCUCCACCACCUGACAAAAUAUGAACUAAAUCAAAUUAGCUCUUUUAAUCAACACCCCCUCAUCCCAUCUUUCUUUUCAGAAUGACAGAGCCAGCCCAAUAUAUGUUUAUGAAAUGUUGAUGAAUUCCAUAUGCAAAAAAACAACUGUUAACUUGUUUGUUGCUGUGUUCUGAGAGCUAUAUUUGCAUAUUUGUUUGUUUUUAUUCUUCCUCAUAAUACAGAAUUUUUUUAGACUGUUUAUGAUUGACAAGUGUGAAUUUUACGAGACUCGAGCCUUCCUUGUCUACCUGCUUCUGUAGCCUGUGGGGGGCUCGGGCUGAGAGAAAACUGAAUAAAAAUGUCAGAGGGUCACCUUCCAGGUAGGAGGAGUCAUUCCUGGAGCACUCGGUGGUGUGAAUGUAAAGCAUCCCAUAUCGACUUCGAUCAGAGGCAGUGACCGCUCUGUAUUCUUCGUCUUUCUCGGGUAUCAAAGAGUCAGCUCCAGUGUUGUGAUUGUUACUACCUGGAAGUAUUCAGGGUUUGCAUAAUCAGGCUUAAAGCUUUAUCUCUUUCUACGUGUCACUUUGCAAGUUGUUCUCAUAAAAAACUACAUUAAUUGUUAUUUGGGUUUUUUUGAGUUUUUCUUCCGGUUUGGAUUUUAUUUAAUCAAUAUUUCAAUGUUUUCUCUGCCUGUGCCCAUCUUUUGAAAUCUACAGUCAGUGUAGUCUUUUUGGAAGCGGCACUUGUGUUUUUUUGUGUUUGAUUGUUUCAGAGAGCAUGUUAUGCAUUACAGAGAGGAUGUGUUAGGGAAAUAAUUUAUAUGCUGAAGAUGUAAAUAUUAUUUCCUAUUUUUUAUUGUAACAUGACACUGUUCAAACCUGUCACAGUGUAGCUGAACGGUAGUUGUUUGUGUUGGUUACUUUGAAUGCAACGUGAUGGAUAAACACAGACCGUAGGUUUAUGGCCAGCUGAAUAUCAUACAUUUUAUAGGACUGAUGUGCUGUCAAACUCCACUGCUCAGGUUUUCUGUGCUCUCCCAUUCAGUAUGCAGAGAUGACCUUGUUUAGCAGGCAUUAGUCAGACCAUACAUACUAUGCAGAGGCAGUUUUCUUACUCUGAAUGUUCAGAAACCAAUGAUUAAAGUACGAUGGAUGUCUGUGCAUCGUCUCCCUGGUUUGCUACUUUUUUGAAAAUUGAAAACCAGAGAGGUGUUUUUGUGAUUUUUUAAUUAUUUUUUUUAAGGGAAAUCUAGCAACACCUCAAAAGCUGCUGUUCUUUAACUUUCUGCCCCAUCAGUUGGCCUUUAGAUGGCCAGUCCCUUUAAGUAUAAAAGUAUUUUUUUAUUUUUGUUUUUUACACUGAUCACAGUAAGAAUGGAACACUUGCUCUACCUCUUACUCUUUCACUCUGUUUGCCACCUUUUCACUGGGUGGCACUGAAAAACUUGAACUAUGGAAAGACAAAAAAAAAUAAAGGCUUUAUUGUUCAGUAAA